CACUACAAAUUUAAGCACCCGUCGUAAAUUUUUAGCAUUCGAAUGCUUUAAUGGGUUUCCUUGAUUCUGUCUUUGAAUUCUUCGACUGUGAUUGGCCGAGCCAUAAAAAGCUCAAAAAGAAGAUACUCCAGACGGUGGAGAUAAAAGUGAAGAUGGACUGCGAAGGAUGCGAAAGGAAGGUGAAGAAAUCAGUGCAAGGCAUGAAAGGGGUGACGCAAGUGGAGGUGAACCCUAAACAAAGCAAGCUCACGGUGGUGGGUUACGUGGAUCCCGAUAAGGUAUUAGAACGGGUCAGGCAUCGAACGGGGAAGAAGGUGGAGUUUUGGCCUUACGUGCCUUACGAUUUGGUGCCGCACCCUUACGCACCGGGGGCGUAUGAUAAGAAAGCGCCGCCUGGGUAUGUGCGGAAUGUGGUCGGAGAUCCUCAGGCCGGUGAGUUGGCCAGGGCUACCUCCUUCGAAGUGAAGUACACUACCGCGUUUAGCGAUGAGAACCCAAAUGCCUGUGUCAUCAUGUGAAAAAUUAUGAACCUGCUGUUUUUUAAUCUUUGUACAUUAUUAUUAGUGUGCUUUGCAUUUGUUUUACUAUCCCACUUUUGCAUUUUGUAUAUUAUAUUAGAAAAGGAAAAUAUAUUUUUAGUAUAUUUUAUUAUUAUCGAUACCAUGUUAGAAUUAUGUUAGGUUAGAGCACGAGAAGUGAGAAAGUGAUGG